AUGGACUCUAUAUCACUUCCUCACCUCCCCUCCCCUCUCUGCUCUGGGUUUCAGAAUGCCAGUGACCAGAAGACUGAGAUGGAGAAAAUCAAAGGGAGAAUUGCUCAGGAGGUGUCUAAGUGUGAAGAGAGGAAGGGGAAAAUAGACGACGAGCUGAGAGAAGUGCAGGUGAAAACAUAUCCAUACAGCACCCAACACAUGUCCCCACAUUCACAUCUCUGAAUGAUCUGUUGUUUUAGCUGUUGUUUUACCUCUGUUGUUUUAGCUGUUGUUUCAGCUGUUGUUUUAGCUGUUGUUUUAGCUGUUGUUUCAGCUGUUGUUUUAGCUGUUGUUUUACCUGUUGUUUUAGCUGUUGUUUUACCUGUUGUUUUACCUCUGUUGUUUCAGCUGUUGUUUCAGCUGUUGUUUUAGCUAUUGUUUCAGCUGUUGUUUCACCUGUCGUUUUAGCUGUCAUUUUAGUGGUUGUUUUAGCGGUUGCUUCAGCUGUUGUUUUACCUGUUGUUUUAGCUGUUGUUUUACCUCUGUUAUUUUAGCUGUUGUUUCUGUUUUACCUCUGUUGUUUCAGCGGUUGUUUCACCUGUUGUUUCAGCUGUUGUUUUAGCUGUUGUUUUAGCUAUUGUUUCAGCUGUUGUUUCACCUGUCGUUUUAGCUGUCAUUUUAGUGGUUGUUUUAGCGGUUGCUUCAGCUGUUGUUUUAGCUGUUGUUUUACCUCUGUUAUUUUAGCUGUUGUUUCUGUUUUACCUCUGUUGUUUCAGCGGUUGUUUCACCUGUUGUUUUCAGCUGUUGUUUUACCUGUUGUUUUAGCUGUUGUUUUACCUGUUGUUUUAGCGGUUGUUUUAGCUGUUGCUUUACCUCUGUUAUUUUAGCUGUUGUUUCUGUUUUACCUCUGUUGUUUCAGCGGUUGUUUCACCUGUUGUUUUACCUGUUGUUUUAGAGGUUGUUUUAGCUGUUGUUUUACCUCUGUUGUUUUAGCUGUUGUUUCUGUUUUACCUCUGUUGUUUUAGCUGUUGUUUCUGUUUUACCUCUGUUGUUUCAGCUGUUGUUUUAGCUAUUGUUUCAGCUAUUGUUUCAGCUGUUGUUUUACCUGUUGUUUCAGCUGUUGUUUUACCUGUUGUUUCAGCUAUUGUUUCACCUGUUGUUUUAGCUGUUGUUUUAGCUGUUGUUUUACCUGUUGUUUCAGCUAUUGUUUCACCUGUUGUUUUAGCUGUUGUUUUAGCUGUUGUUUUACCUGUUGUUUUAGCUGUUGUUUUAGCUGUGUUUUAGCUGUUGUUUUACCUGUUGUUUUAGCUGUUGUUUUAGCUCUGUUAUUUUAGCUGUUGUUUCUGUUUUACCUCUGUUGUUUCAGCGGUUGUUUCACCUGUUGUUUUAGCGGUUGUUUUAGCUGUUGUUUUACCUGUUGUUUUAGCUGUUGUUUUACCUCUGUUAUUUUAGCUGUUGUUUCUGUUUUACCUCUGUUGUUUCACCUGUUGUUUUAGCUGUUGUUUUACCUGUUGUUUUACCUGUUGUUUCAGCGGUUGUUUUAGCUGUUGCUUUAGCUGUUGCUUUAGCUGUUGUUUUGGAGGAUACUGGAUACACAAACACAAACAAACACAGGGCUUGUCUGUAGGGCGACAGCAUAGCUGGCCUACAAUUAACCUGGAUAAGGCAGAGCGUGCUGUAGAGAACAUCAAAUCACAGACACAUACGCCUGACCUUUGUUUAACCUGUGUGUGUGUGUGUGUGUGUGUGUGUGUGUGUAGCCCCUGGUGGAUGAGGCUAAGCGAGCUGUGGGGAACAUCAAGCCAGAGUCUCUAUCAGAGAUCCGCUCCCUGAGGAUGCCUCCUGAUGUUAUCAGAGACAUCCUGGAGGGGGUGCUGCGACUCAUGGGCAUCUUCGACACCUCCUGGGUCAGCAUGAAGAGGUGAGAGAGGGGGAGGGAGGGAGGGAGGAGGAGAGAGAGAGGGAAGGAGGGGGGGAGAGAGGGAAGGAGGGAGGGAGGGGAAGGGAUAGAAGGAGGAAAGGAGAGGGAGGGAGUGAACUAGAGAUUUAGGGAAAGAGAGAGGUUUAGUGUGCGAGAUCCAUGGAGAUGGAACUAUAAGAGGAAUACAGAGAGAGAUAGAGGGUGAUGUAGGGCCCAGAGGUUGACACAGGAGCAGGACUCAUGCGGGUCUUGUGGGUCCCGCGGGAUUCUGGCAGGAAUGGGAGUGAAGCUCUAGAGUCAAGUUCGAGACAGGAUGGGACUGAAUCAACAAUCCACAGGAACGGGCAGUACAGGAAUAAUUAUAAACUGAUUUUUUUGCGCGGAAAUAUGUCAUGUGUGGAGUAUUUCAUCCCCCCCAAAAUCUGUGUAGGUUAGGCCUAAUAUAGUUGCCUUAAUAAAAAUACAUUUAAAAAAGGGUAAUUUCCCCCCUCCCCCUUCUGUCGGCUCAUUCUCGCGCCUCGACCCAGUUGUAGCCUGUCACUAGGCUACCUCAGAUGCCAACCUACGUUGGUAGGCUAAAUGAUGAGGAAUUGCAACAUCUUGUUGCAGCCAAGGACCCAUCACUAAUAUUAACAUUAGAGCCAAGGAAAGAGCGAUGUUUUAGCUAAAUGUGAUGGAGUUGCCUUUGACAUUGAAGGAACCCAGUACACAGCUUGUAAAAAAUGCUGCGGUUUAAUCAAAUAGGCUACCAACUGAAGUGCGGGACAAACGGCCUGUGGCAUAGCUGCUCUACUCACAACAACUUUACCGUCAAGCUCAAUUGUUUGCGUAUAUAACUAAACGUGUGCAUCUCAGGUGAAGAGUGAAAUAAAGAUGGGAUGAUGUAUGCAGUAAUGCCGCUCAGGUUCUCUUUAUGUUAAUGUGUUGUAAAUGUUUCUACGUGGCAGGGCUCAGCUGUAGGCUACAGUUCUAUACCUGUACUGUCUGUCCUCAUCCAGCUUUAAUCAAUCUACAUUUAGGUCGUUCUGAAUACGCUCUUAUCCAGAGAUACUUAGGCCUACAGUCAGUGCAUUUAACUAAGGUAGGUAAGACAACCACAUAUCACAGUCGCAUAUUGCAUUACUCCACAAAAAGUUCUACAGCUGCACCAUCGAGAGCAUCCUGACUGGUUGCGUCACCGCCUGGUAUGGCAACUGCUCGGCCUCCGACCGCAAGGCACUACAGAGGGUAGUGUGUAGGGCCCAGUACAUCACUGGGGCCAAGCUUCCUGCCAUCCAGGACCUCUAUACCAGGCAGUGUCAGAUGAAGGCCCUAAAAAUUGUCAAAGACUCCAGCCACCCUAGUCAUAGACUGUUCUCUCUGCUACCGCACAGCAAGUCUAGGUCCAAAAGGCUUCUUAACAGCUUUUACCCCCAAGCCAUAAGACUCCUGAACAGCUAAUCAAAUGGCUACCCGGACUAUUUGCAAAUGGCUACCCUCUGUUUUACGCUGCUGCUACUCUCUGUUUAUUAUCUAUGCAUAGUCACUUUAACUCUACCUAUUUUUUACUUAUCAAUUUUUUUACUUAACACUUAUUUUUCUUAAAACUGCAUUGUUGGUAAAGGGCUUGUAAGUAAGUAAGCAUUACCUGUUGUAUUCGGUGCAAGUGACAAAUACAAUUUGAUUCGAUUUGAAAAAUAUUUUAAAUAUUUCCUAAACAAACACAAUAGCCUACAUAUUUCUGCGCACAAAAAUGAGCACAGGACAGGAGUGAUUGUUAUCGGGAAGGGACAGGACGGGAGUGAUUGUUAUCGGGAAGGGACAGGACGGGAGUGAUUGUUAUCGGGAAGGGACAGGACGGGAGUGAUUGUUAUCGGGAAGGGACAGGACGGGAGUGAUUGUUAUCGGGAAGGGACAGGAAAGUUCCGGGGUUAUAGCUCUGUUGCAGGAUCAGGACAGUACAGGAAAUUAACUGACAAGACGGGACAGAAAUUAUUUUUAAUUCCUGUACUAGGGCCAGAGCUGUCAGUGUGUGUGUGUGCGUCCGUAGUGUAUUCUGUCAGUAUGUGUGUCCGUAGUGUAUUCUGUCAGUGUGUGUGUGUCCGUAGUGUAUUCUGUCAGUGUGUGUGUCCGUACUGUAUUCUGUCAGUAUGUGUGUGUGUCCGUAGUGUAUUCUGUCAGUGUGUGUGUGUGUCCGUAGUGUAUUCUGUCAGUGUGUGUGUGUGUCCGUAGUGUAUUCUGUCAGUGUGUGUGUGUGUCCGUAGUGUAUUCUGUCAGAGUGUUGUGUGUGUCCGUAGUGUAUUCUGUCAGUGUGUGUGUGUGUGUGUCCGUAGUGUAUUCUGUCAGUGUGUGUGUGUGUCCGUAGUGUAUUCUGUCAGGUGUGUGUGUGUGUCCGUAGUGUAUUCUGUCAGUGUGUGUGUCCGUAGGGUAUUCUGUCAGUGUGUGGUUGUGGUCCGUUAGUGUAUUCUGUCAGUGUGUGUGUGUUGUCCGUAGUGUAUUCUGUCAGUGUGUGUGGUGUCCGUAGUGUAUUCUGUCAGUUGUGUGUGUCGUAGGGUAUUCUGUCAGUGUGUGUGUGUGUCCGUAGUGUAUUCUGUCAGUGUGUGUGUCCGUAGUGUAUUCUGUCAGUGUGUGUGUCCGUAGUGUAUUCUGUCAGUGGUGUGUCCGUAGUGUAUUCUGUCAGUAUGUGUCCAUCCGUAGUGUAUUCUGUUUAAUGGCUUGUUGUAGUCAUUAGUAACACUCAUUAGUCUGCGAGCCAUUCUAGAGGAAGUGUCUGAGAACCUAAUCUGCCGUUGAUGAUUGUGUUAAUUGAGUGAGUGCAGCCGCUCUGAGCAGUGUUAGGAAGUGUGUGUGAUACAGAGUGUGUUAGGAUGUAUAUGAGUAACAAACUGGGUGAUUUGUCACUGUUAGCUCUUAAUUAGUUAGAAGUUUUACUUCAAUAACUUCAGGCUUGAAUUAGCAUUAGCUGCCUCAUUAUCAGAUUUAAAGCUUGUGCGUCUCUGUCUCUCUGUCUCUGUCUCUGUCUCUCUUUCUCUCUAGUUUCCUGGCUAAGAGGGGGGUGAGAGAGGACAUAGCCACAUUUGAGGCGAGGAACAUCAGUCAUGAGAUUCGUCAGAGUGUGGAGGAGCUACUGACCAGAAACAAGGCCUCGUUCGACCCCAAGGUGAUCCAGUUAGCCUAGCCAGUUAGCCUAGCCAGUUAGCCUAGCCAGUUAGCCUAGCCAGUUAGCCUAGCCAGUUAGCCUAGCGCUACAGUUCAAGGUGGAAGUUGUACGUGAUCACAGAUCUAGGAUCAGAUUAUCCUACUCUUAACUAUUAGUGGGGGGAUUUGUUUUGACCCUGUUUCAGUGGUUAGUGCCACAUUCUACCUUCUCCCUUAGGGGAGAACAACUAACACUGAUGUAAAUGAUGUGAUGUACAACUACUGCAACUACUAUUAACCUAGAGCUACAGGCAGCAACCUAUGUACCUUUAUAGAAGCGGUUAGCUAAUAGCAGUCAAGUUGAAGAGAUCAUUUGAACCUCCUAAGAUAAGCCUCCUUGCUCUCACUCCAGGUUGUGUUGUUGUUGUUGUUGUUGUUGUCAGAAUGCUAAGCGUGCAAGUGCUGCGGCUGCUCCACUGGCAGCCUGGGUGAAGGCCAACGUACAGUACUCACACGUCAUGGAGAGGAUACAGCCACUGGAGAAAGAACAGGCUGGACUACUGGAGUGAGUCUAUACACACAUACGCACUUGUGCAUGCACACACGCCUAAUCCUCAAGCAUAAUUUGAUGUGUGUUACUUGUUUGUGUGUGUGUGGUGUGUGUGUGUUUUUGUGUGUGUGUGUGUGUGUGUGUAGGAACUUGAGGAAGACAGAGAGUCGAAAGACUAAACUGGAGGAGCAGCUCAACUCUGUGGGGCAGAAAGUCAAUGAGCUGAAAGAGAAGUAAGAAUAUUUGUUGCAUCCCUCCAUCCCUUGACAGCCUCUUUCUCUUCUACUGUCUCACUGAUUAACUCUGCUCUAUUGGAGAGACAAGUUACAGGAAUACUGGUCUUGCCCUUAUUCCCCCCCCCCCUCUCUCUCUCUCUCUCUCUCUCUCUCUCUCAUCGCGAUGCUUCACCUCGAGCUCCCUGCUCGCGUUCUCGCGCCCCGCUGUCUCUCUCUCUCUCUCUCUCGACCUCUAUCUGGGGGGGGCGAGAGACGGCCCUGCACAAUCGGGGCAUCUACACAGAAGCUAUACUAGAUUUUAGCAGAAAUAGCUUCUAUCUCUUCUCCCUCUCACUCUACUGCUACUACCUCGACUAAUCUAUACUCGUAUCUCUUUUCUCUCUCUCGCUCUCUCUCUCUCUAUAUCGUAUCUCUCUCUCUCUCUCCCCCUCUCUCUCUCUCCCUCCAUCUCUCUCUCUCAUUAGGUUCCAGUCUCGUACUACAGAGGCAGCUAAGCUGGAGGCGGAGGUCAGUAAGGCCCAGGAGACCAUCCAGGCAGCAGAGCAACUCAUACACCAACUGGACGGAGAACACACACGCUGGAAUGCCCAGGUGUUUGUGUGUGUGUGUUUGUGUAGAGGGGGGAUGUAUCCUGCUGUCUCGGUCCCUCCUGGCUGUUUUUACUCCUCUCUCUCCAGCAUCUGUCUGCUCCUUAAUUAAAGCACUCGAUCUCCCACUGUCUCCCUCAGAGACACACGCACACAUUGUCCCGCUUGGAGCCCUCACCAGCGACUGCUUUACCUGCUACUCACGUGCAUACACAUACUCACCUCUCCACACUCCCACAGUCAGUGUAUGAACUCUGAUGGCAGUGGUCUGUUCCUAUUGCCCACCGAAUGUUCUGGGGCUGGUUUAGUCUCCACACUGCACAGAUUUUCUGGCACUGAGCCAUGGGCCGGGUCUGUUCACACUCUCUUCCUGUGGCAGUUCUACCUGAGCUGCUCUUUAGGUAAUAACAACUAUGUCAGCUCACCUUAAAUGGCCUGCAACUGAGUUUAGUGUGUGUGUGUGUCAGGUGGCUGAGAUCACUGAGGAUUUGGAGACGUUGCCUAAGAGAGCGAUGCUGGCAGCAGCCUUCAUCACAUACCUGUCUUCUGCUCCAGAGGACAGGAGACGAAACAGCUUGGAGACAUGGAUGAAGGCAUCUGGACUACAGAGUGAGACACACACAGUCAUACACAGUCACACACACACACACACACACACACACACACACACACACACACACACACACACACGCAACCUUUGUCUUCUCUCUCCUCCUUUGACUGGUGUGACUGUUUUGUGUGGUGGUGGUUUGUGUGGUGGUGUGUUUGGGGGGGGUGUGGGGAUGGGUGUGUUUGGGGGGGUAAAAACCCCCUUUUUCCCAUUUUGUUUUUUUCUCCUUUCCCCUUUUUUUUUCUCUUUAAACCCCUUUUUUUUUUCCUUAAUUGGCCUUUUUCCCAAAACAAAGGCACUGCCGGGGGGGGAAACCCGGGAAACCUAGGCACAGGAAACCCUCCAAACAAAAAAACCCCCAGAUGGAACCCCAGGGGGGGGUUUUUUUUUGGGGUUUUGAAAGGGGGGGAGUUUCCCGUUUUCCCCGGGUUUUUUUUUAGUUUUCCUAUUUAAUUUUAAAGGGGGGGUUUAAGAAAAAAAAAUUUUUGGGGCCCCCAAAAACAAAAAACCCCCCAACCCCCCACCCCCACACCCCAAAAACCCCAAAACUUUUUUGGGGGUUUUUGGGUUUUUUGGGGUUGGGGGGGGGGGGGGGGGGGGGGGGGGGGGGGGGUUUUUUGGGGGGGUUUGGGUUUUUUGGGGGGUUUUGGUUUUUGGGAAAAAAAAAAAAAACACAAAAAAAAAAAAAAAAAAAAAAAAAAAACCCAACACCCCCCAAAAAACAAAACAACAGGGGGGUUUGGAAAAACAAGGGGAGCCCCAAAAGCCACAGAAAAAAAAAACCCAAACCACAAAAAAACCCAAAAAAAAUUUUUUUCCCCCCUUCUCUUUCUUUUGUUUGGGGGGGGGUUUUUUUGGGGGUUGGUGGGGGGUUGGGUAAAGGGGGGCUUUUUUUUUUCCCCAAAAAAAAAAAAAAAAGGGGAACCGUUGGAAAAAUGAAGGUGUGAGGGUUUUGGGGGGGUUUUUGGGGGGUUUUUUUUUUUUUUCCCCUUUUUCUUUUUGCUUGUUUGUUGGUUUGCUCGUUUUUCUUCUACCUCCUUUAACCCCUCCCCCUUUUCCCCCCCCCCUUUGUUUACCCCCCUUUUUUUUCUCUCUUUCUGUCCUCCUCUCUCUUCUUUUUUUUUUCUCUUCCCCCCCCCUUUCUCGUCUCUCUUCUCUCUUCUCUUUUUUUCUUUGUCUCUUUUUUGUCUCUCUGUUUUGUUCUGUCUUGUCUUCUUUUUCCCUCUCUCCUCUCUCCCCCUUUUUUUUUCCCUCUUUCUUUUUCUCCCCCUUUUUUCCUCUCCCGUCGCUCACGCUCUUUUUUUUCCCUCCCCUUUUCGUCUUCUGAGGAUUUUGGGGGAAAUGGGCAGAUUGAAAGCAUGGGAAGGUUUUUAUUGGUGUGUGUAGCCUCGUUCCUCUACUGUGUUUUUUUUGUUGUGACUUCUCAUUUUGGGGUGAAUUCCCUCCCUGACGGAGAGGGGUUUAAUGGGACCCAGUUUUUUUCCCCUUUUUUCAUUUUUUGUUUCAAACCCCCCGGUUUUCCCGGGGCCCGAUUAAGAUAGGAAUAAGUCAGGGGGAAGAACUCACCCUCCACCACGUAUCUCCACCACAGCAGGCGUUUGCAAAAACACACACACACACCAAACACACCAAACACAAACACCCCCACAAACCCCAACACCACCACACCACACACAACACACACACACACACAAAAACAGAAAACGCCCUCCCCCUAGCAAUACACAAACCUUUACUCAGUAGUCCUAUUCUAAACGAACCAUGCAGGGCGUGGCAACAGAAAAGGUACCAUUUAUGUAUAGGAGUUUGUCAUUUUGUUGUUCACUAUUUAAAUUCCACCUGAGUUCUUCAAAUAAUUGAUUGUUGUCCAGACUUGUAUAAUGGUUAUCUCUCUAAUCAACUUAACCAGUUUGUUUUUGCAUGAUGCCUCUUGAGGCACUUUUCUGCAAAAGUAGCUUUUUCCUUUGAUUUGGCUAUUUUGUGAUAAUCCUGAUUUUGUCCAAUAGGGCUUAGUGUGCAUGUGUGUGUGUGUGGCUUCACCGGCCUUGUCAUUCUUCUGAUGAGUGGCCUUUGCUUUGCGGAGAGAAUACACUCUAAAAGACAAGUGUAAUCGGGGCUCUUUCGCCUCACACAGUCUCUGGAGCAAUCUGUGGCUGUGGUGUGUAGAGAUCAACCUGUUAACGUCUGUCUUUCCCAACCUGAUGCAGGAAACAGUUGCAUAACCAAGAACCACCAGCCUGUAGAACACGUUAAUAACUGUUUCUAAAUGGGUCCCAUUUCUACUGUUCCCCUACUGCAAGUCACAAUAGUUCUUUCAGUAAGAGACCCACAUUGCCAUUUACCCCCCCCCCCCCCCCACCCCCCCACCCCAUUCCCCCCAACAAACACAAACCACCCCCCCCAACAAAACCCCCCAACCCACCCCACCCCACAACCCCUCAACCAACUCUCCUAACACCCCAAAAACUAAAACAACCAUAAAAAAAUUAUUCAAAUAUUAAAAAAAAAACCCCCAAAAAAAACCAUCCAUAAAAUAACCAAAAAAACACCCACCCAACCCAAAAACCAUUCAUCACCAAAAAUAUAACCUAUAAAAAAUUUACCACCAAUACAAGCAACCAAGACAAAAAAUUAAAAACCAAGGAUAAAAAAAGAACCAAAUCAAAUACAAUUAAACCCAAUAAUAACCUAAAAUAAACCUGCAAAAGUCAAAUACCGUAAUUACCAAAUACGACAAUUGAAUUACCAAAACCGCAACUCUACUUUUUUAACCUAACUUAGACAACACUAACGUCAACAUACUAAGAUCUGUUAUUGUCCAACUCUUUUAUCCGCAUUUGUCCGUCUAUUAGCACCCCCCAAACAAAAUCAUUAACUCUCCACUCUCUACUCCCACUCUAGACUCUUAAAGGGGGGUUUGAGCCAAAAAUGGGGGAGAGAAGAGAACACACAAGCCUGGAAUGCCAGUGUUUGUGUGUGUUGUGUUGUGUUAGAGGGGGAUGUAUCAGGCUGUCCGGUCCCUCUGGCUUGUUUUUACUCCUCUCUCUCCGCAUCUGUUAGCUCCUAAUUAAAGCACUCAAUCUCCCACUGUCUCCCUAAGAGACACACGCACACAUUGUCCCGCUUGGAGCCCUCAACAGCGACUGCUUUACCUGCUACUCACGUGCAUACACAUACUCACCCUACUCACACUCCCACAGUCACGUGUAUGAAAUCUGAUGGCAUGGUCUGUUGCAAUAUUGCCCCCGAAUGUUCUGGGCUGGUUUAGUUCCACACUGCACAGAUUUUGGCACUGAGACAUGGGCCGGUCUGUUCACACUCUCUUCCUGUGGCAGUUCUACCUGAAGUGCUUCUUUAGGUAAUAACAAACCUAAGUCGGGCUCUCACCUUAAAUGGCCUCUGCAACUGAGUUUAGUUGUGGGUGUGCAGGUGGCUGAGAUCAGGAGGGAUGGAGAACGUUGCCUAACGAGAGCGUAUGCUGGCAGCAGCAGCCGUCAUUACAUACCCUUGUCUUAUGCCUCCAGGGACGGAGACGAACACAGUUGGAGGUGAAUGGAUGAAGCAUCUGGAACUACGGAGUGGGCCACAAACAGGUCAGACACAGUCACACAACACACACACACCCACACACACACACACACACUACACAACACACACACAAACACACAACACAAAACCAAAAGGGGGAGAGCGCGAGAGACAGAGAGGUUGAUGGGUGGGUAUGUGUCGGUGUUUAGUGGUGGACUGUGUGUGUGGUGUGUGUGUGUGUGUGUGUGUUGUGAGACUGUUGGUGUCUGUUGUGUGUGACUGGGGGUGUGUCUCGAGUUUGACAUGCGGCACGUCCUGUGCUCAUGAGAGUGAGCAGCGGAUCUGGAAAGUUGAAGCACUGCCCUCAGAUGACCGGUCUAUGGAGAACGCCCUGGUUAUACUGCAGGUUAGAUACUAUCUGUCGAUACUUCUAUCUCUCUUCGGUCAUCAUCUAUCGAUCUAUCUCUAUAUCAUCUAUCUCAUCGAUCUCAUCUCUCGAUCUCUCGUCUCUCUACUAUCUCUCACCAAUUAUAGUAAUUCGUUCUCUUUCUCUCUCUCUCACUCUUUCUCCUCUCUCUCCGCGCUGCACUCCUUUUCUUCUGAUUUCACUAUCUCUAUUCUGUCUUACUGAGAGAUUGGAAGUGGUGCAGAUUAGAAGCCUAGGGAAGGCGUAUAUUGUGUGUGAGCCCUCUGUGUUCCUCACUGGUUUCCAUGUUGUGAUCGUCUCAGGUGGAGCGAAUUCUCCCUCUGACUAGGGAGUCGGUGUUUACAUUACGGGUCACAUCCAUGUUUACUUCUUUCAUUUUAUUGUCGUUCUACCUCUCUCCGUGUCUUUCCUCUGCAUCCUGCCAUUAGAUCAGUGCAAUCAAGUCCGGGUAAGAACUCACCCCUACAUCCAUCUAUAAUUCCAACCCUACAGCAGGCUGCUUGCGAAAACACCAUACACCACACACACACAACACACACACACCACACACACACCACACACAGACAGACAGACAGACACACACAGACAGACAGACAGACAGACAGACCAGACCACACAGACAGACACACACAGACAGACAGGACAGACGGACAGACGGACGGACGGACGGACGCACGCACUCCCACAUAG